AUGCCUGCUGUUUUCCUGGUGGCUGAGCUUGUUUUGGGUCUUUGUGCCACCCUCGCAUUUGGGAAUACAGAAGUGAAGUUUGCAGGUCAAACUGAGUUUGUUGUGAAUGAAACGAGCACCUCAGUUAUACGUCUGGUUAUUGAAAGAACAGGAAACCCAGCCAACAUCACUGCACUCUUACUGCUUCGAGGGGAUGAUACAGGUGACUUUGAAGCCACUUCUGCUGCAGCCCGAAUCCUUACUACAGAAUCUAAUAAGACUGUAUACAUAGCGGUCAGGGACGAUGAGCUUCCGGAAGCAGAUGAAACUUUUGCUUUUUAUCUACAGCUACAGGUUGCACCAGCAAACGUGACACUUGGAGCCCCCAGUAUUGCCACAAUAACCAUUCUGUCAAAUGACAAUGCCUUUGGAAUUAUUUCUUUCAAUGUGUCUUCUCCAAUCACUGUAGACGAGCCAAGAGGUGAAAACCAAUUUGUGCCUAUUACUCUCAUCAGAGAGAAAGGAACCUAUGGAACGGUAACUGUGGAUUUUGAGAUAACAGGCUUGAGUUCUGCAAGCAAAGACAUCAGUCCAACCCGGGGACGUGUUAUCCUUCCUCCUGGGAGAGCUAUAAUCAUCUAUAACCUCAUCAUUCUGGAUGAUAAGAUUCCUGAAAAUGAUGAAGUUUUCAGAGUCCGGUUGAUGAGUGCAGAGGGAGGAGCAGAAAUCAAUUCCACCCAAAACACCUUUCAAAUUAAGAUCAAUAAAAAUGACAGCCCAUUGCGAUUAUCACAAGCUGCGUAUGCUGUGUCAGAAGCUGAUGGUGUGAUUACCAUGUCAGUGAUUCGUGGAAGGGACCGGGAUGGAAAUGUCAUUGGUUCAGACAAUGCUUGGGUUUCUAUUAAUUACCAGAUAUUAACUGGUAACAGUUCUGCUUGUGCAGUAUUAAUGUCUGAUUUUAUUGACCUCCAGCCUAAUAGGACCAUUGUUUUUCCACCAUAUGUUUACGAAGCGAACCUGAAGUUUCAGAUUAUUGAUGAUCUCAUCCCAGAAAUUGCAGAGACAUUUCAGGUUGUGUUGCUUGAAGAGACACUGCAGGGUGAUGCAGUUCUGCAAAAUCCCAGUGCUGCGUACAUCACAAUUGAACCAAAUGACAAACCCAAUGGAGUUCUGUCAAUCAGCAGCGCUCUUCUGACGGAAUAUCUUAUCAUUGAUGAAGACUUGACAACAAGAUUUGAUAAAAUUGUCAUUGUAAGGAAUGGAGGAACACAUGCUGAAGUUUCAGUGAAUUGGCAGAUAUCACGGAACAGCAGCAAUUCCUCUGCUGUGACUACAGAUCUCGUGCCAGCCUCAGGAAUCCUGACCUUUGCUGAAGGUCAGAUGUUGGCGACAGUAAAUCUCACUGUUGUUAGCGAUGACUUACCUGAGGCAGCUGAGACUUACCUGUUCCAACUGCUGAACCAUACUGUCCAAGGAGGAGCAGAACUAGAUGAACCCACACAAAUUGUUUUUUACAUUCAGGACAGUGAUGAUGUCUAUGGUCUGAUUGAGUUUCACCCUUUUGAAGAACAGAGAAUAGAGAGUAGCCCUGCAGGUCGCUUUUUGUCGCUGAGCUUUGCCAGGAAAAAUGGAACUUUGGGAGUUGUGAGGUUGAACUACACUGUCCUCUACAUCCCUGUUGGCGCGCUGGACCGUUCUCAAGCAAAGGAUAAUGUCUUAAAUAUUUCUAGCAAAAACAAUGCCAUCUUUAUGUCAGGACAAUCGGAGUUCAGUGUUCACUUACCAAUAAGAAAUGAUGCAUUUCUUCAAAAUGGGGCAAGCUUCCUUGUACAGCUGGAUACAGUGGAGUUGGUGAACAUUUUUCCUUUGAUUCCAUCGGUGAGUCCUCGGCUGGGUGACAUUCUGAACAUCUCGCUGACAAUCACUCCCGAUUUAGCCAAUGGUGAGAUUGGAUUUACCAGCAAUGAGACUCUUUUUGUUUCUGAACCAGAGAAUUCUUCUGAUAACCAGGUUUCUAUUGCCUUACAACGAGAUGGGACUGAUGGCCUGGCAGCAGUGUACUGGAGUUUGUCACCCACGGGGCUCAAUCGUGGAAAUGUCACCAGUGAUGACCUUGGCCCAUUCAGUGGUUCUGUCACAUUCUUCUCCGGCCAGAGCAGUGCUGCAGUGAACAUUGUGGUGAAACCAGACGAUUUGCCUGAAACAAAUGAGACCAUGAUAAUUUCAUUGGAUAGAACUAACCUGGAUAAUCAAGUUCUGAAAUCAGGAUUUACCAGCAGAGAAAUAAUUAUUUUACAAAAUGAUGAUCCAGGUGGAAUCUUUGAGUUCUCCCCACAGACUAGAGGACCUUAUUUAGUUCAGGAAGGUGUUGCUUUUGAAUUGAAGAUUGUUCGAUACCGUGGGGCAUUUCUGAAGCAGUUUAUACGCUAUAGUGUGGAACCAAGUGAAACUUUUGAGUUUUAUGGAAAUACAGGGAUUUUGAAAUUUGAUCCUGGUGAAAGGGAGAUUGUAAUAACACUGCUAGCAAGAGAAGAUGGAAUACCAGAGUUGGAAGAAUACUUUUCUGCAAAGCUCAGCAGUCACGGUUCACCACCAAGUAAGUUGGGAGCUGCUACAGAAGUCAACAUUACAGUUCUGAAGAAUGAUGAUCCCCAUGGUUUGAUACAAUUCAGCACCCCAGAAUUCACCAGGAAUCUAAAUGAAAGUAAGGGUGACGCGGUAUACACAGCUAUCUUCCCAGUAAUUCGUGACCAAGGCUCUUUUGGCAAUGUUAGUGUUUUUUGGAUUAUUGAUCCCAUUUUUACUGAAGAUGUUUACCCAGUCCAAGGUAUGGUCUCCUUUAACAGCGCCGAAUCUUCAAAAAACAUUACUCUUCAGUCCCUACCUGACGAAAUUCCUGAGGAUAUGGAAACCUUCACAAUAACUCUUUUCAAUGCUACUGGAGGUGCCAGGAUUGGAAAUGCAUUUAACGCAACUCUUCACAUUAAUAAAAAUGAUGACCCGAUUUAUUUUAAAGAGCCAAUUACAAUAAGAGUUCAAGAAGGAACAGUUGCCAAUUUCACAGUUGUUAGAAAUGGAACCACUGACUUUGUGGCUACUGUUGUUUAUUAUGUUGAGAAUGGAGGCACCUCCAACAGUGAAGGAGACUUUCUUCCUUUGAGUGGGAACAAUACACUGAUGUUUGACAUAGGAGAAGAAACUAAGACUGUUUCUGUUGUUAUUAAUGACGAUGACAAUCCUGAGACCGAUGAAACAUUCUACAUUGAGCUGCUUAAUUCUACAGGCGAUACUGUUGUUUAUGGGGCCAUAAGAGCCACAGUUAUAAUUGAAGCAAAUGAUGAUCCUAAUGGAAUCUUUUCACUGGAACCUCUUGAAAAAUCUGUACAAGAGGGUGACAGCAACAAUUUUAUGAUUGUGAGACAGAGAGGGAAGUUUGGCAAUGUUUCUGUUUCCUGGCACUUAUUUGUGAAUGAAUCUUUCUUGAAACCUGGGCAAGAGUUUAUAGAAACAUGUGGUACUUUGCUGUUUGCAAAUGGAGAACAAUCCCUUCCUAUAACACUCCAUGCACUUGCUGAUGGGAUUCCAGAGUUUAAUGAAAUAUAUACUCUGAGGCUGCUAAAUGUGUCAGGUGGCAGUCCUGGUCCUGGUGGUGAACUAGCAAACACUAGCUUGAGUGUCAAUGUUGUGAUUCCGUUUAAUGACGAUCCUUUUGGAGUCUUUGUCCUGAACACAGAGAGCCAAGACAGGGAAAUAGCAGAAGAUGUGCUUUCAAUUGAUGAUAUUUCCUAUAUUACAAAUUUCACCAUUUUGCGACAGAAGGGUACAUUUGGGGAUGUCCGAGUUGGAUGGGAAAUACUAUCCAGUGCAUUCAGAUAUGGACUCCCUCAAAUGGUGGACUUUAUACUGGUUGGAACAUUUCCUAGUGAUGUUGAACUAAGACCUCAUGCAAGGCGUCACCACACAGGUACUGACGUUCUGUACUUUAGUGGAGCAGAAGAUGCUUAUGGAACUGUUAGUCCAGAAUAUCAUCCAAGAAUAAAUUAUAUAUUUACAAAUUUCACAUUGUCUGCCUGGGUGAUACCUAAUCCCUAUACAGAUGGGUUUAUCAUUGCGAAGACAAAGAGCAAUGGCACCAUUUUCUAUGCAUUGAAGAUGAUAAUCAAUGAAUCGCAUGUGUCCAUUGUGUUUUACUAUACUUUGUUUGGGUCAAAUGUUACACAUGCUAGCAUGGUAACAGCUUUGAAAUAUAUUGAAGAAAAUACUUGGAUUCACAUUAUAAUCAUAGUGGACGAUGGAAUUCUUGACUUUUAUCUGGAUGGGAUCUUGCUUCCUGAUGGUACCAAGCAUUUAAAAGCAAAGGUGAUUGCAGAUGGCCCUGGUGUUAUAACUGUUGGAGCAGAUGCCGAAGGCCAGAAUAGAUUCACGGGACUAAUGCAGGAUUUGAGAAUGUAUGUCCGUAAACUGAGCCGAGCAGAAAUCCAUGAAAUUCAUGCCACACCAGCAAAGCUAGACCUGCAGCCAAUAUCAGGAUACCUGGAGUAUAGACAGGGAGAAAGAAAGAAGUCGUUUAUUGUCGCAGCAAGAGAUGACAGUGAAGAGGAAGGAGAGGAGUUUUUCACAUUAAAGCUAACAAUGGCUUAUGGUGGAGCCAGAAUAUUACAGGACGGGGCCAUAGCGAGGCUGCGGAUACAAAAAAGUGAUGGUGCCAAUGGAUUGUUCGGCUUCACUGGAACUUGCAUUCCACAGACUUCUGCUGAAGGGUCUACAAUAUCGUGUAUUGUGGAAAGAACAAGAGGAGCCCUGGACUACGUCUAUGUGAAUUAUAAUAUCAUGCAGAUCGAUUCUGACAGCGGCAAUGUCACUGAUUUUGCCAACUCCAGUGGAACCAUCACUUUCCCUCCUUGGCAAAGAUCAGAGGUUCUGAAUAUACAUGCUUUAGAUGAUGACCUGCCUGAGCUUGCUGAGCACUUCAUCAUAUCAUUGGUUUCCGCAAUAUCAGGAGAUGGAAAACCUGGCUCUACCCUAAUGAGUGGAGCUAGUAUUGAUCCAGAGAAGAUGCGUACAGAGGUUAUUAUCAAACCCAGUGACCACCCAUAUGGUUUGUUACAGUUUUCUACUGGACCACUGCCAGAACGCGAUCAAAUCAUUCCCCCUGCCCACACUAUACCUAGAAUCACAGUGAAAGAGGAGGCUGGACAAGUCAGACUGCUGGUAGUCCGUGCACAGGGUCUUCUAGGUAUUGUCCUGGUGGGUUACCAGACUGUCCCCCUCACGGCUGUCAGUUCAUCUGAUUAUCAGAGCACUGCAGGUAUUCUAGCGUUUCAGCCUGGAGAACGUUACAAAUACAUAACUAUAAAUAUCACAGAUGACUCAAAUCCUGAAAUGCCAAAGACCUUCAAGGUGGAGCUUACAAAUUCUGAUGGAGAAGGUAGGCAUGAACUAUUUAUUUUUCCUUUCAGCGGGAGUGGUGAUGGCGAGUUGGACCUCUUCCUUCCAGCUGUCCAUGUGCGUGCCAGCCUUGGGAUAGCAUCAGAGAUCAUAGUGACAAUUGAUGCGUCUGAUGAUGCCUAUGGAGUGUUCCAGUUCAGCAAUGAUUCCUUACAUGUUAAUGGGACAGAACCAGAAGGAGGUCAUGAUAUUGUUCUUUUACAGGUUGUACGUGCUGGUGGUGCUUUGUCUCAGGUUACUCUGUUUUGGGAAGUUGCCUCUGAUCCUUACUCUGAUUUGCUCAAUACCCAUGGCAAUAUCACAUUUGAAAUAGGACAGACUCAAGAGAGUAUCAUGGUGCAAGUGGCUUCAAACAAUAUUCCUGAAUUGGACAAAGAAUUCACGGUAUACAUCACUAAUGUUUCCAAAGGCAACCUGGGAGUUUUAACAAAUGCAACCUUGAUCAUUCUAGCUAAUGAUGAUCCAUAUGGCGUGUUCAUCUUUUCGGGAAGAAAUCGGCCAGUCAGUAUUAAAGAAGAGGAGCAGAAUGUGACGCUGACAAUCCAGAGGUUAAAAGGACUGUGGGGCAUUACCAUAGUCACAUACACAACUUUUGAUGAUACAGAGUCAGCGGAUCUCCCAUCUCACAUUGCCAGGGCAACCAAAUGGAGUGAUUAUCUUGCCAUAUCUGGAUCAGUUAUCUUUGAAACCAAUCAAACAGAAGCUAACAUAACCAUUCCCAUACUGGAUGAUCUGGAACCUGAGCAGCGAGAGUCUGUGUUUGUCUGUUUAAGUAAUGUAAUACUGUUGAAAGGAAUGCAAAACAGACUAAUUUCUGAGUCUCCACGCCUUGGACCAAAGAAUGAAAUCAUAGCACAGGUGAUUAUUGAUGCCAAUGAUGACGCAUUUGGAAUCCUGCAGCUUUCAGCUACUGCUGUACAAAUUUCUGAAAACUAUAUUGGACCGAUCAUCAAUGUAACCAGAACCGGAGGGAUAUUUGAAGACGUUUCUGUGAAGUUUCAAACUUUUUCAAUGACGGCAAGAGUUGGUGAAGAUUACAGUGUAGCAUCUUCUGAUGUCAUUUUACUGGAAGGGGAAACCAGUAAAGCUGUACCAAUUUAUCUACUGAAUGAUAUCACCCCUGAAAUUGAUGAGUCUUUUCGCAUUGAGCUUAUUAACCAAACUACAGGAGGAGCUGUACUCGGAGAACUUACCCAGGCAACUGUCACCAUCGAAGCCUCUGAUGACCCUUAUGGAUCUUUUGUUUUUCAAAGUACCAAAUUCAUUGUCGAAGAACCAGAGUUUAAUACUGCAAAGGUAAAGCUUCCCAUUGUUCGUAAUGGCGGGACACUUGGGGCUGCCACAAUCCAGUGGGUUGCAACAAUGAAUGGACAGCUUGCUAGUAGUGAUCUUCAGUUGGCAUUGGGUGAGGUGACAUUCACACCAGGACAAACAAUUUAUACCUUACAAUUGGAGCUCCUAGCUGACGAUUUCCCCGAAAUUGAGGAGGUUAUCCAUGUGCAGCUUACCCAUACUUCAUCAGGGAGUUCUAUUGGAACAGAUAAGGUGGCAGAUAUUAUCGUACCAGCAAAUGACAACCCACAUGGUACUGUUUACUUCCGGCAGACUAUAUACAGAGUUCAGGAACCACUAGAAGGAAAUUCAGUAGAAAAUAUUUCAUUGAGAAGAAGUGGGGGGUAUUUUGGACAGCUGCGAAUAUUCUAUGCCACCUUUGAGACUGAUGUUGUGGCCCUCUUGGUUAAAGAAGGACAGGACAUAUUUUCCUACUAUGACCCUCCGAUCCUUGGCAUUCCAAAUGGCCAGUCUACUCCCCAGGUUAAUGUUUCACUGGAACGCGAUCCUCUGCACACAUGUGCAGCUGCUUGUCUGAAAGAGCGUGCCUGCUUUGCCUUCUCAUUCACAAAUACCACUGGGAGGCCAAAGUGCUUAUGGAUGGCUUCAACAUCAAACAUUUUAGUUAACGGCACAGAAUUUACAACCUAUUGCAAGAAUACUUCCAGCGUGUCAUCUCUGUUCAGCACCCAGGCAACACCAGGCAGCGAUUAUGAGCCAAUUACUGGAAUGUCAGUAACCAUGCGUGACGGAGAUCAGUUUGCCAAUCUCUCGGUUUCAAUACAAAGUGACACUAUUCCAGAACGAGAUGAACAAUUUGCCAUUUCACUUUUAAGAGUUGAGCUGCUGAAUGAAGCGGCAACUCUGAGAAACCAGCCUGCAGUAGGGCAACCGAAUGUCGCCAGUGUUGUCAUAGCUAUGAAUGGCGAUGCAUUUGGGAUCUUUCUGAUUUACAGCACCAACCCUAAUGCCACAGACCAGGGCUUGUACCUUGAAGUUACGGAACAAGCACAGGUAACUGUGCAACUUGUGAUAGAAAGGAGGAGAGGUAACCUUGGUCAGGUGACUGUGGAGUGGAAUGUGGUUGGUGGCACGGCUUAGGACAUCGAUUUCGUUGGUGAUGUUGGUAUUUUGACAUUUGCUGAAGGGGAGAACAGAAAAGUCAUCACUUUGACAAUUGUAGAUGAUAAAGAACCAGAAGACAGUGAAACGAUUCUGAUCGCUCUUACACGCACUGAAGGUGGCAGUCGUAUUCUGCCCAGCUCUGACACAGUCACUGUUGUUAUCCUGGCAAAUGAUAAUGUUGGAGGAGUAAUUAGUUUCCAGACUUCCUCCCGGUCGGUCAUUGGACGUGAAGGAGAAAAUCUAUUGUUCCUGAUUGAAAGGAGUCCUCCUGGGCUUGGCAAUGUUACCGUUACCUGGAGCAUUCAUGGACGUUAUAUUCAGGAAAACUUUGGAGAUUUCAAUGGAACCCUUUUGUUUUCUGAGGGUGUUCUAAACGCAUCAUUCUUAGUGCGUUUAGUUGAUGAUCAUAUUCCUGAAGAAAAGGAAGAAUACAGAAUUAUCCUAUCAAAUGUCAGAACGCAAGGUAUUUCCUCAACAGGUGCUGCUGUUAUUGAUGACCAGGGAUAUGAAGCUGUCCUAACAGUGGAAGCCAGUGAUGAACCACAUGGGGUAGUGAAUUUUGCUCCGUCCUCCCGAAUGGUUUCAGGUCAGGAAGGGAAUAAAACCAUUCAGAUAUUUGUCAGCAGAGAAUUCGGAUCUCUAGGAGCUAUUAACAUUACUUAUGAAACCGUGAAGGGGUCUUUGAUAUCUCUAAAUCUAACUGAGGGGUCAUUGGCUGAACCUGGUCUUGAUUUUCUGCCUGUGUCUGGGUUUGCGAUUCUUGAAGAGGGAGAAACCACUAUUGCCAUAAACAUCACUAUUUUAGAGGAUGAUAUUCCUGAACUGCAGGAGUUUUUCCUCGUCAAUCUGACAUCAGUGGAGCUCAUCCUACCGCAGUCAACUUCACUCCCUCCCAGACUGGAUGCCGAAGGUCUGGUUUCUCAAGUAACCAUUGAUGCUAAUGAUGGUGUGAAAGGAGUUAUUCAAUGGCAAAGUAUUGAUUUUGAGGUGAAUGAGACGACUAACAACCUGACUUUAGUCAUGUAUCGAGAUAGAGGCACCUAUGGAAAUGUGUCAUUGUUUCUCUACCCCCAAAAUCUUGAAGCUCAACUUGGCCUGGAUUUCAGUGUGACACCAAUGACUGUUGUUUUUGGUGAUGGGGAAAGAUACAAAUACAUUCAGAUUACCAUCUUAGAUGAUGAUGUUCCUGAAGGAGACGAGCAUUUCCAAAUGAUUAUUGCAAGUCCAUCCUUUGGGCUGGAGCUAGGGGAGAAAACCACAGCCACAGUGAUCAUCUUUGCCAGUGAUGAUGGCCAUGGUAUCCUCUCGUUUAACAACAGUGAGCACUUUUAUCUUAAGGAGCCUACAGCCCUCGGCUUGUCAGAGAGCGUUGCAACACUUCACAUUAUGCGGUUCCCACCGCAGGGGACAUUUGGAGUAGUCACUGUUCAGUACCUUAUCACAAGUUUGAAUGGCUCAGACCCCUCAUUGGAUCUGACUCCGACACAAGGCUUUAUUGUACUUGAAGAAGGAAUCAGAAUGAAGACAUUGCAGAUUUCUGCUAUUUUGGAUGAAGAGCCGGAGAUGGAUGAGCAGUUCACAGUUACUUUGUUUGCCCCGACAGGAGGGGCCAGAAUGGGAGAGAUAGUACAGACCCUGAUAACAGUCCUUCAAAAUCAGGCACCAUUAGGAAUCUUCAGUAUCUUCCCAAUCGUGAAUAGGUCAGUAAAAGCAAUGACUCACUCGGUGAGUUUAGAAGAAGGAAAUAGGACAUUGUAUUUGAAGGUUUCUCGGAGUAAUGGCCUGGAGAGUAGGGUCAGUGUGGAAUGGGAGACGAAAUCUGGAACUGCAUAUGGAAUGAAGGGUGAUGUACGAGUGCUGGCCACAGUACAGAACAUACUCGAGGGAUCAGCUGCUGGCUGGUGUUUCUUCACAUUUAACAACAGCAUGUUUGGAAUUCUCCUCCGAAUGUCUGAAAUCGGCUUCACUACAGAUGUUUUGUCAACACUUUAUCAAUGGCAGGGAGUGCUUGUACCGAUGCAGGAUUUCAGAAUACAAGAUCCAACAGCCUGCACAUCCUUUGUUAUAAGCGAAACAUCUUAUGUCGUUAUUGCUCAUGGUCAAAUUCAGUCUUUGGCUUUGUUGGGCAGCAGUAAUGUGAAAUAUUUUGCUCAUGAUAACCAGGAUUAUUUGAUCGUAGGCAGCCAAGUGGACAUUUUUGGAAUCGGUUUACAGGUCUAUAGAUGGAAUGGAAAUUCAUUUAUUUUACAUCAAAGCCUUCCUACUAAUGGGGCUGUAAGCUUGACUCUGUUUAACCGAGGAAGUCUGCUCUACAUGGCUGUUUCCCAGCUCAGUUCCAACCAAACCUCAGUCCUCUAUCAGUGGAGUGAUGGCGAAUUCAGAAACCCUGAAAAUCUGACUGUCCGUGGACCUGCACAAAUUAGCAGUAAGACCAUUGGGGCUGAUGUCUACCUCAUUUUUGCUAAUAGGGCCAUGGAAGGCAACCUUGAUCCCUGUCUUGUGUAUAUCUGGGAGACUGGACAGUCCUUUUUUAAAUUUCUCCAAUCUAUUCCUGUCCAUGCCGUGAGGAGCAUUGACCUUUUCACACCUGCCUCUGGCUUUGUUCACCUCCUGCUUGCCAGUGAAAAUCAGUCAUUUCUGUAUUCGUGGAAUUCAGCAAAGAGCCAGUUUUCAUUGGUGCUGGAAGCACCAGGAGCAAGCCAGAUGCUUUCCGUCUCUGCACCUUCAUUGAAUGGAACCAAAACCCUCAUUGUUUCAACUGGGGAUUUGGGAUCCCGGGUCUAUGAACUUGCCUCAGUGUCAAACCAAUCUGAUUUCAUUCCAAUGUUUGGUGAGCUUGUAUUUGAACCUGGGGAUGAAGAAGCUGUGAUAGCAGUAAAUAUCCUGGAUGACGAUGUCCCAGAGGAAACAGAGUCUUUCACAGUGAGACUCAAAAAUUCAAAAGGAGGAGCUGAGAUUGGCUUCAAUGGUCAAGUGAUGGUGCACAUCCUGCCAAAUGAUGAUGCUUAUGGAAUAAUUGGUUUUUCACAGAGUUCCUUAUCCAAACAAGUUGAAGAGUUAGACCAGGACAGCAUGGUCACCUUGAGCAUUGAGCGGCUACGAGGGACACACAGCCCUGUGACUGUACAAUGGGAAGCCAGUGGAAGCUUCAGUGACAUCUUCCCAACUUCAGGAGUCGUGGUCUUUGGAGAUGGUCAAGCACUUGCUACUAUUUCACUGAUGGUAUUGGCUGAUAACAUUCCAGAAGCAACUGAGAUUGUAACUAUAACACUUGUGAAUGUUACCACUGUGGAAUUGCAAGACCAGGACAGAGGAGGUGUACUUGACUGGGGCAAGAAAAAUGCCAUCUUGACCAUUCUACCCAAUGACUCACCAUAUGGUGUGGUUGGCUGGCACCCGGACUCCCUCUUCACCUCCGUGCAGGAGCCUGGAAUUGAUCCAGUCAAUGUAACUUUAAUAAUCCUCCGGGAACAUGGAUUUCUUGGGGACAUUGCUGUUCAGUACAGCACAAAAUCAGUGCUAUCAAUGUUACCUGCCAGUCAAGCAUCUGAAAACCAGGACUACACUGCAAAGAAGGCCACAGUCAUUAUACAGGAGAAUGCCACACAAGCAUCCAUUACAGUCACAAUAUUAACUGACAAAAUCCCCGAAUUACGUGAAAACUUCCUGGUUAAUAUUACCGAGGUGGAAUUGACUGGUAUUACACUUGCUGGAGGAGGGCAGCCUAGUGUGAAGAGGUUGGGGAUGGAAGUAGCAGAAAUAGCAAUUGAAGAGAAUGAUGAUCCGAGAGGAAUUAUUCAGUUCAAUGUCACAAAGGAUAUGAAUGGUGCAGUUGUUGCGUAUGAGGUUGAUCCUCCAAGAAACCUUUUGAAAUUGCCAGUAAUCCGCAACGCUGGUACAUUUGGAGCAGUAAAUGUAGCUUGGGAAGCUAAGCCUGGAAGUGCCAGUCUCUCAGACUUCAGACCAGCCUAUGGAAACCUCACAUUUGCUGAAGGAAAGGACUCUGGAGUUGUGGAGAUAUUUAUUAUAGAUGACAAUCUGACAGAGUUUCUCGAGACAUUCAGUGUGAUCCUGACCAAAGUGACAGGAGGUGCCAAAAUGGGGGAUGACAUUGUAACUACAGUCAACAUUCCAAACAACGACUCGCCUGUGGGGGUGUUUGGGUUUGAACAAAGAUCUGUGACCAUUCGAGAACCAAAGACAUCAGCUGACCCGGCUGGUCUGGUGUCCUUUACAGUGCGUCGGGACGAAGGUCAUGGGUCAGUGGAGAUUGUUUGGCAGGUGGAUGACUCUGCAGAGAAUGACCUCAUACCUCUGACUGGCACACUCUCCUUCAAUGAGACAGAGACCAGAAAGACUCUGGUUUUGCGCAUUUAUCCAGAUGCCGUUCUGGAGGGAGAAGAACGAUAUUCGAUUCAACUUGUAUCUGCCACCAAUAAUGCCGACAUCUCCCCUGUGUAUGGUAUUGCCACCAUCAUUAUUUUGGGUGAUAAUGCAGCAUCGGGGAUGAUCUCCAUAGCUACGUCAGCACAGCAUGUCCUCAUUGGAGAACCAGUCGGCAGCUACAACGGAAGUGCUACAAUAACAAUAGUGCGUGGUCCAGGCAUUUUUGGUGAUGCUACAAUUAACUGGAUUAUUACUCCAGCAGUUCUGAAUGAAUUUGCUGAAACGGAAGGAACAUUUGUAAUGCGUGACAGACAGUCAGCUGCCACAAUCUGGCUACAGGUGUUAGAUGAUAAUAUUCCUGAGGAAAGGCAAUAUUACCAACUUCAACUGAGAGGAGUCAGUGGUGGAGCUGUGAUCAAUGACUCGUCCGCCUCUUCUAACAUCACCAUGGUAGCCAGCGACUUUCCAUACGGUCAAUUUGCAUUCUCUCGUGAGCUCCUUCAGAUCUCUGAGAAUGCUGAACAGGCUAACCUUACUGUUAUACGGUCCCAUGGAAGCUAUGGUGGCGUUAGCUUGUUGUACCAGACAUAUGAUGGGACUGCACUGAGCGAUGCAGAUUUCACAUCUAAAUCUGGACAGUUGCUGUUUGGACCAAGAGAGCAGUCAAAGUGGAUCCUGAUCGACAUCAUUGAUGAUAACACUCCUGAAGGCCCUGAAGAUUUCUUUGUGAAAAUUCUUGAAGCCGAGCUCCUGGGAGGCAGGUUUCAUGACUUCAAUGUUGGGGUGAAUGGUCUGCAACUCGACCAACCGCCAAUGGUGGGGAACAUAUCAUCUACCAGGAUUGUAAUACAGUCAAAUGACAAUGCAGAGGGGAUUAUAGAAUUUGAACCACAAUUCCUCAAUAUACAAGCUGAGGAAAACAUUGGGAUAAUUGGAAUCCCAGUGAUACGAAGACAGGGAACAUAUGGAGUUGUCACAGCAGAUUUUGUCUCUCGUGCCAUCACAGCAUUUCCCGACGGGAUUGAUUACAUCCUCACUAAUAAUACAAUCCAAUUCCAAAACGGACAGAACCAGAGCUUCAUCAAUGUGUCCAUUAUUGAUGACACUGAAAGAGAGUAUGAUGAGCAGUUUGAGAUCCAGCUGAUAGCAGCAACAGGGGGAGCAAUUCUUGGGACUCAUCUUAGUACCAAAGUAACCAUCCGUAAAAGUGAUUCCCCUGAUGGUCUUAUACGAUUCCUAAACCAGUCCCAGUUUAUCAUCCCAAACCCCAGUGUAACACAGAGGCUAAUGUUGAUGCUGGAAAGGACUGGGGGAUUGAAUGGAGAUGUGGAGGUUAAAUGGAGCAUUUUGGGUCCAAACUCAGCAAUGGUUUUACCAUCAUCAAAUGCAGACUUUGGUGGUUUUGUGAAUGGAUCAUUCAAUUUCGGAGCUGGAGAGGCAGGGAUCAGAACCAUUGAAUUGCAGGUCUUACCUCACGGAGAGAUUGAAGUGCAAGAGACAUUCAUCAUCAAACUUAGUCUGGGAUUUGGUGAAGCGGAAAUUGAUGCUAAGGCUGGAAAUGUAUCAUUAAUGAUACAGAAAUUUGGGGAUCCUAAUGGAAUUGUUCAGUUUGUAGAAGAAGCUUUGUAUACAAGGACUUAUCUGGAGCCAUCCAAUCAGGAAAAGCUGUUAAAUAUUACAUACCUUAUAAAAAGGACCCAAGGAUUGAUGGGUGACAUCAAGGUCCACUGGGAGCUGCAGAGUGAUUCUAACAUGACAGGAGACUUUUCUUCAACCAGUGGUAUAGUCAUCAUUCCCGACAUGCAGCGAAAUGCAGAGAUAGGCAUUCGAUUGCUGGCUGAUGAUGUCCCAGAAUUGGAUGAAGUUUACACAAUUAGUCUGAUUGCUGUGGAAGGAGGAGCUACACUGAAUGAGGAAAGGAAGAGUUUAAAAUUGAAUGUUCCUGCAAAUGAUGACCCUCAUGGCGUGUUUGCCGUCUAUUCAAAUUGGCAAACUGUGAUCGUUCAACAGGAUUUAAGUCGCCACAUUCAGAUUAAUAUCACGAGGCACAGUGGGACAUUUGAGAAUGUGAUUGUGGAUUACAAGCUCACAUCAACAUUUCAUGGGCAAGGCUUUUUCAUAGAUGGAUUUUUGGGAACUGUGUUGGCCAGAGAUGGCACCUACUCUGCUGUUGCCUUGGUGCCUAUCAUAAAUCAGGCUUUCCUGGGAUUGCAUUUUAACUUUACUGUCGAAUUAACAAAUGUGAGUCUUGUGGCUGGAAAUACCUCCAUUCCUCCUCGACUGAAUGAUGGAGCAAGCUCAGCCAUCAUAUUUGUACCUGCGGAGGCUGCGAAUUCAGAGGUAUACUUUUCCCUUAAAGAUCUCCAUGGAAAGCGUGAAAUGGACCAUUAUACACCAUCAUACUUGCUGUUGGCUUUUGAUUCUUUGGUUCUUCGAGUUUCCAAUGUUUCAACUGGCUCCUGUCAGGCUGUAAUAUCACGGAGAGGUGUGUAUGGGCUUAUCCUUGUGGAGUGGAGGAGUGGCUACCCUGAUGGCAUAGUUCCUGGAGGAGUUACACCUGCUACUGUUACACCUGCAUCAGGUUCAGUUGUCCUUUCUCAUGGUGAACAAAGCAGACCUGUGCUCAUCAAUGUUCCCACUGAAUAUGUGGGAGAAGAAUCCUUCGCUCUACAUUUGUCUGCAGUAUACAGCAAUGUUACUGGUAAAGCUAAACUGAGAUCAGGGUUUACUGUAGCUGAAAUUGAGCCAAUGGGAGUCUUCCAGUUUGCUUCCAACUCGAGGCAAGUCAGUGUUGAAGAAGAUGCAGGAACAGCUACUUUGUACGUCCAGCGGUUGUUUGGUUUCCGAGGCAAUAAAAAAAUGACUUACUACACAACAGCAGGAAGUGCCAAACCUGGUGAAGAUUAUGAGCACAUCCAAGAUGGUGAACUUAUCUUUGAAACUCACCAGACUGAAGCUAGCAUUAAAUUGUUUAUUAUCAAUGAUAACAUUUCGGAGAUGGAUCAGGUAUUCUAUCUAAAUUUAUCUGGUGUUGAAGUUUUGGGUUUAAAGCCAACUAAUCCAGAUGAGAAACCGCGUUUAAAUCUAGACUUUAAUGUGUCAUUUAUAACCAUUGUUGCCAAUGAUGUUUUUAAUGGUCUUCUAAGUAUUGGACCAGCUGUCACACAAAUUGUGGAGGACACUGACAACAGUACAGCAAGAGAAGUAUUUCUUCAUAUCCGAAGGACCAUGGGAUUUACUGGGGUCAUCAAUGUAUCUGUAACAACGUUUGGAAGAAACAAAGCUCUGGGCGGUUUAGAAGGAACUCCUUUCCAAAACAACCAUGAGAGUGGCAGUUUUUCCUGGGCAGAAGAAGGAGCAGAUUUUGAUGAUGAAAUUUUGCACGUUACCUUGCAAGAUGGAGAAAGAGAGAUCGCAGUGUCCAUCCAGAUUUUGGAUGAUAAUGAGCCAGAGGGACAAGAAUUGUUUUAUGUUUACCUGACAGAUCCAGGGGGAGGUGCACAGAUUAUAGGAGGAAAAGAUGAGAAUGGAUUCACAGCUUUCGCAGAGAUCAUUAUCUCAGGAAGUGAUCUGCAGAAUGGCAUUGUAGGAUUUAAUCUGAUCUCUCAGAAUAACCUGGUGUUGGAUGAAGACUCUGAUAAUAGAAAGAUUCACCUGCAACUUCAAAGGCAAGAGGACAGAACUUUUGAGGAUGUGAUGAUUUCUUGGCGUGUGACCUUUGAUAAAACAACUGUUCUGUUGGAAACAAAUGGGGUGAAUCUAGUCAAUGAGCUGACGGCUAUUUCAGGCAAAACGACAUGCGCCUCUGGACAGACUGAAUGUACCAUCACUAUUGAAAUCAAACCCGAUAAGAUCCCGGAGUUCGAAACCUGGUUUUAUGUAGAAAUCUAUGAUGUGGGAGCAGGUGCCAUGAUAAACAACACUGCACGAUUCUUAAACAUCACUGUUUUGGAGAGUGAUAAGCCUCGUGGAUUGAUCUUUUUUGCCAUAGGAUCUCGACUUCCUGUUGUUCAACAGAAAGCCUCUUUACUCAGCUUACAAAUUGUCAGGGAGUCUGGCACCAGCACAUCUGUCAAUGUUAGUUACAGCAUGCAGGAGUUGAGGAAAGCUGAGCUGGUGGGUUCCACUUUAAUAUCACCAGCUGUGGCUGGGAUGGAUUUUGUGAAGUCUGAGGGAAUUGUAACUUUCCAACCUGGGCAGAGUAGUAUUGGAUUGGACAUUAUGCUCACUCCAGAGCUUGCAUCUUCCAAUCCACUUCCCAAGCGUUUUCAAGUGGUACUGUACAGCUCCACUACAGAAACUCAACUCGAUGAGGACUACAGUACAGCAAAUAUCACCAUUGUCUCUGACCCUGAGUCCCAGUUCUUCUGGGGUUUACUCGAUCAGUUAUACCAGCCCCUUGAUGAUAACAUAUUGAAACGGGUUCUUCAGAAUCUGCAAAACAAGAUUGUUACAGAAACUACAAGAGAACAACUCAGCGGAGUGGUGAAAGUACUAGAAAAGGUGAUGAAGGCAGGAGAGAAAAGCCCUUUCAGUGAUGCCAACAGGGGACUGGUUUAUGAUAUUCUUUGUGCGCUACUGGAUCCUGGACGCAAAGAUACUCGAGGAGUCAGUCAAUUGGCUGAGGUGACUGAGAAGUUUGCCUUCUCACUCCUUACUGAUGUACAAUGUGGAUCCCCUGGUCAGAAGGAUACAACAGUUCUUGACACCUGCCAGUACCUCACCAUCGAAGCAUAUCACUGGUAUCCACAGCAGAUUAAUGGGCACAUGUUUGAUGGCAAAAAUGGUGAUUCUCUACGACUUCCUGAACGACUGUUGGAAAUUUCUGCUUCUUCCUUGGAAACCAUGAGCAAUGGCAGCUGUCAGCGUUUGCAGUUCACAGAGUACAGCAGCCAACAGUGGUUUCAGACCAGCAUAAAAGGAAUGGCACUCAACGACAAAAUAUUUUCAGUGGGCCUGAAGGAUCGAAAUUCAAGACCUCUUGCAGACAACAAUGAGAUAACCUAUCAGAUUCACACUCUGGAGAAUCGAAUUAUUCCACACAAAUCUUCAUGUCUUUUGUGGAAUCAGGCAGCGAAUAGUUGGUUAUCAGACGGUCAGUUCUGUCGAGUGGUUGAAGAUACCACUAACUAUGUGGAGUGUGCCUGCUCACACAUGUCCAUCUACAGCGCAUCUGCCCAGACAGACAACCUUUCUUCUUAUAAUGAAGCUUUCUACUCAGCUGGAUUCAUUUGCAUUUCAGGUUUUGCUUUGGCUGUUUUGUCAUAUUUGUUUUGCUCAAGAUUCUCCAUGUUUGCAGCCAAACUUCUCAUGCACAUGAUGGUCGCCUGCCUCGGAACACAGAUCUCAUUUUUGGUGUCAGUUUACCUAAGCCGGGAACUCUCUGUUGAAAGCUGUUCUGCCCUUGGACUGGUCACUCAUUACCUCUAUCUAUGUCAGUUCAGCUGGAUGCUCAUUCAGUCUGUCAAUUUCUGGCAAGUGCUCGUGAUGAACGAUGAACACACAGACCGGCGGUACUUGCUCUUCUUCACGCUGAGUUGGGGUUUACCUGCCUUUGUUAUGGUCCUGCUGGUAAUUAUUCUGCGAGGCGCCUACCACUGGACCAUCCAUGAGAUCUAUGGCAUUCUACGCGGAGAUGUGUGUUUCAUUCCAAAUCUUUACGCUGCUCUUGCCACAGCUGCUCUGAUGCCCUUGCUGUGCCUUGUGGGUGUCUUUGUGAUUUUCAUCUAUGCCUAUCAGAUGAAUGAACAGUGGAAGUCCUACGAUGACAUUUUCAGAGGACGUGCUAAUGGCACAGAGGUUCCCCUCGUGCUGUACCUGUUCGCUCUGAUUUCACUGACGUGGCUUUGGGGAGGUUUGCACAUGGCCUAUGGACACCUCUGGAUGCUGAUCCUUUUUGUCAUCUUUAAUAGUUUUCAGGGCCUCUAUGUUUUUGUGGUGUAUUUUGUCUUGCACAACCAGCUCUGCUGGCCAGUGAAAGCCAGUUAUACUGUGGAAAUGAAUGGACAUCCAGCUCCAGGAGCAACCUAUCUCACACAUGGCAGUGGGACUCCAUCAGUGGGAGGAGAGAUCAGCAAAUCUACACAGAACCUAAUUGCUGCAAUGGAGGAGAUUCCUGCAGACUGGGAACGCACCUCUUUAAGACCUAUCAGUCAAACAAGCAGUAUCUUCAAGCAAGGCCCCCAAAAUGCCAGCACCUAUGCCACUGCAGGCGCCUAUGACAACAGCAAUUUGGUGACAGAUGAGGAGUCACAGGAGUUUGAUGAUUUAAUAUUUGCGUUAAAAACUGGGGCAGCCCUCAACGUCAGUGACAAUGAAUCAUGCCAUGGAAGCCAAGACGGUGGAAGCAUUGCUAAUUCACAGAUCGUAGAGCUCCGGAGAAUACCAAUAGCAGACACUCACCUCUAACAACCUGAUGCGCUUUUUAAAUCAAAUUUGUCCAUAUUUUUAUACUUUUCAGAUGUACUCCUUUUGCACUAAAAUUGAUACAUUUAAAUGUAGAACAGUGUUAAACUUUUUGAUGUUUGUAUGGUGACAUUUUUGUAAUGUUGAACUGAUCAUUAUAGUAGCUUUUGAUCAAAUCUAUUUAAAA